UGGAGGUUUGAAGCUGCAGCCGCUGUACAUGGUUAUAGAGGCUCUCAGAUCGCCUUGGUGUUUUCCUUUAGCUAAGAGCGCAGAAGUAAUUUCCCCCCCCAAAAGAGUCCGUGCUCCCAGUUUCCUAAAAUUCCGGAGUUCAGAAAGAUUCCUUAGACCACCUUCCCAACUGCUGUGAAUAAAUCUUGAGAAGAACAAAUUUAGACAGGUGUCACGCCCAGUCCUUCGUCUACAUCGUGCCAUAGGAUGUCCCGUAGCCCUGAGGUGAAAGAGGAUCCAAUGGAGUGCCCUCUUUGCAUGGAGCCCCUAGAGAUCGAUGACGUUAACUUCUUUCCAUGCACCUGUGGCUACCAAAUCUGUCGUUUCUGCUGGCACCGCAUCCGCACAGACGAGAACGGCCUCUGUCCCGCUUGCAGGAAGCCCUAUCCAGAAGACCCAGCUGUAUACAAACCCCUGUCUCAGGAAGAGCUGCAGAGGAUAAAGAAUGAGAAGAAGCAGAAGCAGAACGAGCGCAAGCAGAAGAUCACAGAGAACCGCAAGCACCUGGCGAGUGUGCGCGUCGUCCAGAGGAACUUGGUGUUUGUGGUGGGGCUAUCACAAAGACUCGCUGACCCAGAGGUUUUAAAGAGGCCAGAAUAUUUUGGGAAGUUUGGGAAGAUUCAUAAAGUGGUCAUCAACAAUAGCACCUCAUAUGCUGGCUCACAGGGUCCUAGCGCUAGUGCCUAUGUCACAUAUAUUCGGUCAGAAGAUGCCCUUAGAGCAAUACAGUGCGUCAACAACGUAGUAGUUGAUGGCAGAACUCUUAAGGCAUCUUUAGGGACAACAAAGUACUGCAGUUACUUUUUAAAAAGCAUGCAGUGUCCCAAGCCAGACUGCAUGUAUCUACAUGAGCUAGGGGACGAGGCAGCCAGUUUCACUAAAGAGGAGAUGCAGGCGGGGAAGCAUCAAGAAUAUGAACAGAAACUUUUACAAGAGCUUUACAAAAUGAACCCAAACUUCCUGCAGACGUCUACUGGACCUGGAGAAAAGACAAAAAACAAAUCGGGCUCUGUCCAGAGUUCCAACAAUAUGAAUAAAGAUGCGUGGCCAUCGUUAAAUCCUAUAGGAAAGACGCCCAAUGGGCUUCCAGAACUUCGCAGGAGCCCGCCUCUAGACGGAGGCUCAGACUGUGAGCACUUGACUCCUGACGGUCCAGACUCUGAGCUUGGCCUCGGACCUCUCCCAGCCCUUUCGCCUUUCUCUUCAAACUGUGAACCUGCCAGCCCCAGUGAAAAACCAAUAGAAGCCAUCAGUAUAGGAAACGGAGAAACGCCACAGAUUCCCUGCAGUGACUCACCGUCGCCCCCUCCAGGUCUGGCCAAGCCUUGUCUGGUGGUACCUGCCAACGUAGCAGGUUUAACAGUGCGGUCACCCUUUGAGGGGGCAGGCACCGAGUCGCAAUCACUGUUCUCUGACAACAGCAACUUCAGACACCCGAACCCCAUCCCCAGUAGCAGUAGUGUUCCUGGUUUCUCAAGCUCCACACAGAGCAAUACAGACUGGCCAACUGCGCCUGAACCACAGAGCCUGUUUACAUCAGAUACCAUACCAGUCUCGUCCUCCACAGACUGGCAAGCAGCCUUCGGCUUUGGCUCUUCUACCAAGCAGCAGGAAGACGACCUCGGCUUCGACCCGUUCGACAUCACGAGCAAGGCGCUGGCUGACCUUAUAGAGAAGGAACUUUCAGUACAGGACAAAACCUCACCCAUGAGCCAUGUGACCCCUGCUCCCGGUUUCCCUCCUCAUUUUCCCAGCUCGCUUCACAGUGCCAAGGGCCCCAUGCUGCCCCCUGCCUCGUCCGCACACCUCCCCCCGAACUGUGGGCUGGCCCCGCGUGCCUUCCCCCACCACCUUCAACAUCCCCAGCUCUCCCCACGCCCUGGCUACGCCCCAUUCAGCUUGCCCGGACACACACAGGCGCUGGCAUCUCGCCACAGCUGGCUGACCAUGACGGCACGUGCCAACCUGCAACACCUGAACCAUACCACACAACACAACAGCUUCUUGGACUUGAGUUUGCCACCCCAACAGCAGCAUAAUACAGGUCUAGGAGGAAUCCCUAUUACAGAAAACAGCAAUUCAGUAGAGAGUAUAAAUGUCAAAGAGUGGCAAGAUGGCCUUCGAGCUCUUUUACCCAACAUCAACAUUAAUUUCGGUGGCUUGCCCAACUCCUCGUCUUCCUCAUCUUCAUCCUCAUCCUCCUCAUCAUCCUCAUCCGGCGUGAAUCACACAGGUGGCAUGACACACAGCCUGAGCUGGGACGGCACAGCCAGCUGGAUGGACCCAGCAAUCAUCACAGGUAUCCCAGCAUCCUCAGCCAACUGUCUGGACUCUCUUCAGGAUGACAGUCCUCCACAUUGGCUAAAAUCCCUUCAGGCCCUGACAGAGAUGGACGUACCCCCCGGCUCAACAGUACCCCCUCAGCCCCCACACAGUACACCCUUUAGUGCCCAGAUGUCUCUUCACAGAGCCGGCUGGGCACCCUACUUGCCCCCAGGCACUGCCAGCGCUGCUAGCCAGUUUCACUCUCCCCCACCAGGUUUCCAGACAGCGUUCAGAGCUUCAGCUCAACCCCCUACAGACCUGCUGCAGAGUGCCGGACUGGACCGCCACUAGGGACUGGGACACUAACACAUCCUUCUUUUUACUUCAAGAAAACCCAACAGACAGCAAGAUGAAUAAAUAUAAAAAUACAAACCUGUUAACAAGUAAUUAUGGAUUAUGUAUUCUUUUUUCCCUUCCACUUCUUGACCUUUUGAACUAAUUUUAACUCAGUUUCACAUUUUCCUUGGUUUAGUAUUUGGUUCAUGUUGCCCAAGUGCUCUUAUCCCAGCCUAAGAAAAAAUGUUCUUGAUCAAAUUAUUGUUAAUGAGAGAUCGAAGUUAGGAUAUUGGUGAUGAUGAAAGCCACGUGGAUGUGAAAAUUAUGGAAUUGGAGUACUAGAGAAUAGUCCAUUUAAACAUUCAAAUCAUUUAAAUCCCGUUCUCUGUCUCUGUCCCGUUCUCGGUGUGUAAAAUCAAGAGGCACUGUCCUAUGACCUAUUAACGCUGUGAUAUACAAAGAAAUUAAGAAAUGAUCCAAUCAAUGACUUUGGAUUUGUUUUCCCCAUCGCAUUCUUCACUUUCACUUUCCCUGAAAGAUCAAAAGGUCUAACAAAAAUCUUUUUUUUUUUUAAAUCAUGGAAUAUUUGGCCUUUAACUUACUUCUUUUCUUCAGGUUGUAGUAAACAAACCUUUCAGAAGUUUUGAGUGUGGUUAAAGCUUAUGCACCAUGCCUUAAGAAAUGUACCAUGAUGUAUCCUGCAUUAGUACUCCCUUUUUUUCUACUUGUGAUCUUUCAGGUACUUGUGCAUGACUCUCCUGCUAGCUGACUGCUACCUGGAUGGGUUAGGAGGCUUUCCAGCUGCAACACUGAACGUAACCUCUGUAUCAGAGGCCAGUGUGUUGCAGAGAUAAAAAAAGGCUGAAACCUCUGUUUUAAAAAACAAGCAAGCUGUAAGAUGCCUUUGAACAAAGGGCAGGCGUAGCGGACAAAGCACCACCGUGUGGUGAUUUUCACUGCUGCCAUUACUUGAAAAGGACAUCAUGAUUUCUGUGUGCGCUUUUAGAAUAAUCUCAUUCGAAACAACACGUUAAAAGGUUCACGGAGAUGCUUCUGGAGGUGUUUAAUGCAAACUCUGAAGAGAAGUUUGUUUUAAGAUAAAUGACAAGUGCUUUUUCUCAGUGAUGAAUGAAGACGACUAAGUAUGUCCUUUGCACUGAUGGGUGUCAAAGAAGAAGAAAACUUUAGUUGUUCAAGGUGUGUAGUGCAAAGGAAUAUUCAGUUGUUAAUUUGACUCACUCUGAAGACCAUUAUAAGAUUCAUCAGGAAAGAUAACAGGAAAGAGAUUGUGAUUGUUUUACUUACAGUAGAUCAAUAAUCUGGCCACGUUGCUGAUGAAAGCUGGGAUAGCAGCACUGCUAGGCAAAGUUUCUUUUCGUCAACACAGGGCUUCACCAGAGGUCAUACAAAUGCACUCUUUUUUUCUAUUUCCGCCUCCUUUAAUUUUCUUUUAACGGUCUUAAUUCUGUAUCACUUGUGUAGGUUCUUGCCAACUGUUCAGUAUUCAGCAGUAUUCAAGAGCAGUGAUUAAAUUGAAAAUCUUAAGCUAAAACCAAUACAAUUUAACUAUGGGUUUUACUCCGUGCUGAAAAUUAAGAAAGAGUCAAAUGAAAAGUCAAAGUACAGUGGAACCUUGGAUUACGAGCAUAAUUUGUUCCGGAAGUGGGCUCAUAUUUCAAAACACUAAAAUGAAUCGAAGCUAAUUUUCCAAUAAGAAAUAAUGGAAACUUAAAUUAUUUGUUCCACAGCCCCAAAAAAUAAAUGUAUAAACAAAAUUAAUACAGAAUAUAAAGUAAAAAUAAAACGUGUGUGUGUGUGUGUGAAGGGGCACAGUGUCAAGUUACGUGUGCGCGUACAUAACGACAGAGAGGGAGAAAAUGGAUCUUUAACCUCUCCAAUGAGACUUUCUUUUGCUUUACACAUGCGCGCACGCUCUACACACGCGCUUACAAACACAAAAUAAAAUAUGUUUCACUCACACGGAUGUUGAUUAUACCAGUGAGAGACGCGCACAGCAGGGGAGACAAUUACCCACAAUUCCGCAGCACGAGAGAAAAAACCGUUGGCUCAGUUGUGAUCACGUAACGCUCGGCCUCAAAACAAGAAGCGCAUGCGUGAUACAUGAUACUCGGUACUUGUAAACCAAGACUUGUUCGUUUUGCUUGUCUUGCGGAACGCUCGCAAACCGCGUUACUCGCAAUCCAAGGUUUCACUGUAAUUGUAUCUCUGCAGGUCUGAAAUAAAAACACAACAAUCUUUAAUAAAAGAUUAAAUAUGAA